CAUUAUGACAUGUGUAGCCGGCAAACCGUCAAAUUUUGACAGUUCAUCGUAUUAUCAGCUUUAGUUAAAGGAUUUGUGUAGAACUCAGAGUAUAAGACUGAGUAUUGUUGUGGUAUUUUUUGUGGUUGGUGGAAUGAUGCAAAUAGCCUGGUUUCUUGGUCAACCAUCAAUUUUGAAGACAUGCCGGAGUUUUGAACAACUGGUGCAUCGUACAAUCUUCACAGCUGAGCAAUUAUCAGUGGAUAAAUAUGUGCGAGAUCGGGAACGAUUUAAAAUGAGCCUUCAGGCAGGCUCUAGCGAAAUGAAAAGAACCAAUUUCAAAAAGCGUUUGGAAUACAAAACGGUCGCACCCAAUUUAAUUGUGAAUGAUUUAACGCAAUUUCUGCACUUGAUCAAUGACACCAGCGAUGAUUUUGCCCUGUUGGAAAAGGCAUUGAAUAAAUUCAAGAACACUGACAUUGACAAUGUACGAAAAGUCUCCAUUGGUUCCAUACUCAUGCGAAUGCUACAUCAUUUUCAAAACAAUGAACUCGCGUCAAAGUUUUAUAACGACCAAAUUUUGCGAAAAAAUUAUCUGAGCAGCAAACAUUGUCUGUUGCUAUUUUUUGACUUGUUGUUCAAGCAGGAACAAUACGCUGAAUUUUUACGACACUUCCAGGAGUUACGAGAGCAACUAGACGCAAAGCAACAGACCAUUACACGGAGUAUUUUUAUUCUGGUGUUUGCCACUUUGUACAGUCAGAACACGGACAAAUCGUUUGACUAUGCAAAGCAGCUGAAUGAUCAAUACAAAGAUUUGCACAUAACACAGGACCAUUUGGUGUUUCUAUCAGCUCUAGCUCUGAAUCAAAAUAAUCCGCACAUCGCCGAAGAACAAUUGCUUACCCUUUGGCCAUCGGCACAUCAAGCCAUACCCACUCUACGACUCAUUGCACUGAUUCGCAUGCACAAAUUUGUCGAUGCAUUACAAGUACUGCGCUCCUUGUUGCUUGUGUACGAUGAAAGUCGAACGGAGAAAGAUGAUGUCGUUUCCAGUGAAGCGAUCGACGAGGCUGAAAAAAUGUUCGAUGAAUGUUGCAACGAUGACCGGCUUCGAGCUGAUUUCAAACAGUUACGUGACAAUUUGAAAACGCACGGAUACAUUACGGAUAAAAAUGUACGAUCAAUGGUUCACGAACCGUUCAGAUCGGGCAAAAUGACCACUUUACAGAGCAAUAAAAUGUAUCUACAAGCCGAAUUCAAUCGAAAUCACCACUUCAGAUGAUAAUUGAAAAUAAAAUUCUUCUUCUUUUGUUGAAGCUGUAAAUUUGAUGAAAAAAAAACGACCAUUUGUUAAAAUUCUUGAACCAAAAUUUAUUGAUAACAAUUAAAUAAAGAAAAGAGAAAGAAACAACA